AUGUUCAAAAAGUUUGACGAAAAGGAGGACAUUUCCUGUACAAAUAAUGCCAAGAACUCCAUCGUGAAAUCUUUACGCACUCGACUGACUGAAGGUUAUGGUAUUGAUAGUAAAAUGGUUGAUCAGAUUUUGCCCAAGAAAGAUGUUGUAAAACACAUUAAGUGUCAUGAACAUGUCGACUUGUAUUCAGAUUCUGACGGUGAAGUCAUGUUUUUCCGACAACGUGAGGGUCCGUUUAUUCCAUCGCUGAGAUUGCUUCAUAAAUAUCCUUUCAUCCUACCUCAUUUACAAGUUGACAGAGGUGCUAUCAAGCAUGUUUUAAAUGGGUCAAAUAUUAUGUGUCGUGGUUUGACAUCACCCGGUGCUCGGAUGACAGAAGUUCCUAAGGAGUCAGUUGUUGCUGUAAUGGCAGAAGGCAAAACAAAUGCACUCGCAGUUGGUAUUACUACGUUAUCUACUGAUGAGAUCUUGUCAACCAACAAUGGCAUUGGGGUCAAAAAUAUACAUUAUUUGAAUGAUGGAUUAUGGCAUAACCGUCUGAUUGGUUUAUUUCUUCACUGUCGAAAAUACAAAGGGAAAACAUGCGUUUUUAUAGCACUGUGUUUCUUUGCAGCAUUCCUAUAUUUCACUAAACAUUAUAUCGUCAGUGAUGUAAUAAUAAGGAUAUCCGAUUGGAAGUGGGGUCCAGCUGAUAGUCAGAAUUGUCCAGUAUUUGAUCACUCUAAAGAAGACCCUACUAUUAAUCGUAUGGCAGUUUUAGUACCAUUUAGAGACCGUUUCACUGAAUUGCAAGAAUUCAUACCUCAUUUAAACAACUUCCUCAAUAAUCAAAACGUUCGUCAUACAUUUUUUAUCAUUAAUCAAGUGGAUGAUCUUCGGUUUAAUAGAGGAGCUUUGUUAAAUGUAGGAGCACUUGAGUCGCUUGAAGCUGAAGUUAAUGGAAUUAUUGUUGAAAGUAUUACUCAAAAAAAUUCAUUGUAUCACUUAUCUUCACAAUGUUUAAAACUUCCUUUUACAAAAUAUUUGGCUUUACAUGAUGUUGACUUACUACCUGAAGAUCCGGCAUUAAAAUAUAAUAUGCCAUCGGAAUUAGGACCGAUUCAUCUUAUUCCAUUUUAUCUUCAUCCACGUUAUUAUUAUUUUAAAGAAUAUGCCGGUGGUGUUUUAAUCAUUAAAAGAACUCAAUACAGUUUAGUUGGUGGUAUGUCAAACUCAUUUUGGGGAUGGGGACGAGAGGAUGAUGAAUUUCAGAUACGUUUAAAAUCGAAAGGAUUUAAGAUUGUAACGCCAAUUAAUGUUACCAUGGGGCUGAAAGCUUUCCGUCAUAUUCAUCAAGAAGAUCAACAUAAACGAGACGUUAAGACCUACUAUAAUCCCGAUGUUAUGAACUUGAUUCGCAAUCCGAUUGGAGGUUUGACUUCAGUAAAUUAUACUGUUAUAAAAAGACGUCUAAUAACAAUCAGCAGUAUUCCAGCUAUUUCUCUACUGUCAAAUUUUCUCUAUUUGUCUGAAUUAAUCGAUUCCGACAAAUCAUUGUAUACACAGAUGCCUAGUACAUUAUGGAAUCCGAUUUUUCCCAUACUGAGUAGGGAGUUUAGUUGCCGUAGUUUCAACUUAAUUCGACACUUCGAGCCGCAGGUGAGUUUGAGUAAAUUUGUUGUAAUAUUUAACACGUAUUCUCUGGAAUCCCUUUUUUAUGUUUUUUUCAAAAUAGCUUACAGCCUGCUUCUCGCGAGUCAGUAUUUCACGGGCUUAGAACACUACAUAGUAUGAAGGAAGCAGAUAGUUCGGACGCAAUCAGAAAUGAGAACAAAAAUCGUCCGGUUGUAAAAUAAUGAGGCACGCUGUUUCCGAACAAACUAGUCUAUUCCGUAGUCAGAAGGUCGCCACCAUUCUUAGAGUGGGCCGGAGAUAAGCCAUCUAUCCUAGCCUGGUAUUCGUGGCAGGAGUUGAAGUUCCUUAUAAACUUCUGCCGUGUUAGAUGGAUCAAUCGACACUGACCAGGGAGAACAGCGAAUUCCGAUCGAUGUAACCAUUUUCCAUUAAUAAAGAGAAACGCAGUCAAGCCAGGAAGAAUAAGCAUCGAAGAUACGAUCCGAGAAGAAAAUAUAAAUUCGUAAAAUCAAAACAAAAGAAAGUUAUGAGGAAUUUAGAAUCUCGGAAUUUGGAUGGUGACAAAGGAAGGAUGCAUGUACGCCAUUACAAACGAUUUUGAGCCGUACCAUCCAAAGUCUCUGACCAUUGGUUACGAUAAUCACGCGGACCCCAACCAGGUCGUUUAUACCUAUGAAUAUGGCUAAGUCCAGUUAUCGGUAAAUUCACGAACUGAUGCCAUGUUUUUGUUUGGCCACCUUUAGCUUUCUUCCAGCCUACUCCUGCACCAGCAAACAUCUCCCAUCACAGGUUGGUAAGAGCCAAUCGAGCCUUCUGAAUCCGUGCCGAAAUUUCGUCAGAUACCAAACCAACAAAACUGGUUUAACUCGGGAAGCUUAGUGCUAAUGUCCCGAUAAAUAGACCACCUUAUUAAAAUGCUUUUAAGCCAUUACUUGAGGUUAUGAUUUAUUGAUCUUGAGACAAAGUUUCCGAUCACAUCGCCACAUUUCGCUUUUGAUCCAGGUAUAUCAAAUGUAUCAUUUUGUGUUAGAUCAGGUUCGAGAAAUUGCACCUUGAAAUUGAAGGUCUUACAUUAUUUAGAAUUGAAGGUUUCGAAUUUUAAAUAAUUCAAAACCAGUUUUUGAUUCAAUCUACCUUGAAUAUUCAUUCUAAAAAUGUACCCUUAAUAAUGCCAUAGAGUGAGCAUAUCUUUUAUCUUCUCAGUGCAGUGAGCUCUACAAUUUCUUGAGGUCCUUAUCACGACAGCUGUUCAUUGUAUGGUACUUACUUCUGUCGACUUCUAACUAAGGAUUUAUGCAAGGAGGUUGACACAUAAGUUGUUAUUACUUACUUAAGCGUUGUUUAUCUUUGAUAUUGCGUUGACUUUUAUCUAUUUUAAUAAUCGUGUGAGAAUACUCUGUAAGCACUAGAAAAUGGCAUUUUCAAAAAUUCGGUCAUAUAUGUCAAUCACUUACAAAUCACACUACGUAAAAUUGGUUUUUAUUUUAUCAACUGUAUUUUUUAAAAACCUUGCUUGUUGUUUAAGCUGUUUAAAAUCCUCUUGAAAAAUUAUUAUUUCCCCAUAAGUACGGAGCUAACACGAAAAUUACUCACGUAAAGGUCGUGUGUGACCGACCUCAAUCAGUUGUACCUUGGGCACUGCGGUCAGGCUCUCAGGUCACUAAGACCACCCCUAACCCAAUUUUCUUUUCAGGUAACUCCAGAAGAACCCUUCCAUGAUGUGGGCAACCGGGAAGUGAUAACUGCUCUCAUAAUUCAGACAGCACCCAAGAUCACUAUUCAUAUUCAGUCUCCGUCUUCAAUUCCUAUUAUUCCUCCUAAGUCAUCUUUCAACUCUAAACUUGCUCUUUUGACUUCCUCCGCAAGUGUCACCAUAGCCAACGCUUCUAGUGCGCGAGACACUGUCCCAGGUCUACUGAAACCUCGCUCCAAACUACACAUUGGAGCCUUCAAUGUACGUACUCUAUGUCAAAUCGGUCAAGUUGAUGUAGUUAUCUGAUACACCUUUCAGUGAGACAAAACCAUAGAACCUCAUGAUCAACGGGAUUUGACAUCGCCUUGUGGUCAACGAAUACAACUAUACUCGGACAUCAGAAAGUACGUCUAUGUUCCAGAAUCUGCCGAAGGGUGAAUAAUUGAUCUGUACAUCCACCCUCAGGUCUGAACCCAGCCUAAUUUCCUCGGGUUUGCUCUACAUGAGCUAUAGUUAGACGUCGAAGUAUUAUUGAGGCUAACAUUUUAGACACUAGAUUAGUUAAACUGUCUCCUCACAAGAGGAUUUUUAUCCCUUCUUCUAGACUGGGAUGAUCAGUGAUCAAGACCUGCCAAAUGAAAUUACAUCCAGACCCGAGAUUGUAGCUCGGAUUUAGUUAGUGUAACUGCCAAAACUGCACCACCAUCCCUAACAAUCUCAGGGGUUAGUCCAUCGUACGAUUUAUGUACGUUGUAUCUCGGAAACACGCGUACAGGAUCCUAGUGGUGUCAUUCACUUGACCUCACCUCACCAAAAUGGGGAGCCGACGAGAUACGCUCUCCAUCCAUCUGGCGACCCGAUGGCUAGUUCUCGUGGACUGGCAGGUGUUGGCAUGGGACUAAGUAUGAGGGCAGAACAAGCACUAUUAGAAUGGGUCCCCGUUGACGGUCGCCUAUGCGUUGUUCAGCUAAACGGCUUUGUGAGAACUCGGAAGGAUAGGGACACACUUCACUGCCUUUUCGUCGUUCCUGCCUACGCUCUCACGGACUGCAGCUCGGAUAAAGUGAAGGAUGACCUUUACAGAAAGCUUUCCGAACUUAUCCAUAAAGCUACCCGCUCAGACAGUACUCGUAGCAGGUGACUAGUGCCAAGGUAGGUAGCUUAAACCAAAACAGCAGCGACAUUCAUUAGUGAUUUAAACCAAAGGGUUACGAAGAACAAAUGGGUUUCUACUAGGUCUCUUGCACUGAUAGAUUCUCGUAAACUCAUCCCAUCAGGCUCUGAACAUGAUGAAGAGGGAAAACAAAUCAGAUUUAAAUUAACCAAGAGUCUAAGGAACGACCGUGAGCAGUGGUGGGUAACGAAAGCAAAAGAGAUAGAAAUGGCAGCGGCUGUAGGUAACACCAGACAGCUUUUCAGACUAAUAAAUUCAACUGGAAUUAAGAAGUGAUGUGUGAGACGAUCUCAGAAAAAGACAACACUCUUAUCCGCUUUCAGCCCAGACAUUUAGAACGAUGAGCGGAACAGUUUAAGGAGCAGUUCAUCUGACCUUCAACUACUCUACAACUACCCACCGUUCCCAGACAGCCUGAAUGGAACAUUGAAGUAGUCCAAAAAGCUAUAGCUAAUCUGAAACUAGGAAAAGCAGAUGGAUUGGCUCCAGAUGUCUUUAAGUAUGGUGGUCUAAUUUAGCGAUUAGGUUGACUAAUAUUUUAGGUGAAAUCUGGAAACUGAAUGUAAACCCAUCUGACUGGUCUCAAUCACUGAUUGUCCGAAUAUAUGAGAAGGGGUCAAGGUAAUCUUGUGAUAACCAUAGAGGAAUUAGUUUGACUAAUAUAGCAUCUAAAAUACUAGCCUCAAUGAUUAUUGGGUACCUGACAGACUCGUGAACUGUAAACACGAGAAAAUCAGACUGGCUUUGAGCCUCGUCAUGGCUGCAUCGACUACAUGUUCACCAUUCUUCAGAUUUUAGAAUACAGGCAUGCUUAUUGGCGUCCGACAAUGGUGGUCUUUCUUGACUUAAACUCAACAUUCGACAGUGUUGUCAUUGAAGGAUCUACCUUGGAAGUAUAUAAAUUUUGUGAAGUCUCUUUAAUCAAUCACCACCAUCUGAGUCGGAGUUAUGGUGAACGACAAAGCUGUUCACUGUCUCAAGUUUUGUUCAACUUCAUCUUAGACAUACUGAUGGAAAUAAUGUUCUUGUCGACUGAAUUUUCAGGAAUCGAUCUCCUAUUAGGAGGUUCAUUUAUUGACCUAGAGUACUCUGAUGACAUAGUAUUUUUUUGGUGAAGACGCUGAUAAAGUGCAGUCUUUCGGUAGCACUGAGCAACAAUACCAGGAUGUUUGGGAUGUGUUUCUCCCCUCUAAAUGCAAGUUUUUGCUUCAGGACUGGUCUGCGUCAACACCUGAACUAAGGAUAGGGAGUGAAAUAGUUGAACGCGUCGACAGCUUCACUUAUCUUGGAAGUCUGAUCAGCCCUAAUGGGUUGGUGUCUGCCGAAAUCUCUGCACGGAUUCAGAAAGCUCAUUUGGCUUUUGCCAUCUUGCGCUACCUAUGGCGAAGGUGACAUAUCCGUCUAUCAAUAUAAUGAUGAGUAUACUGCACGACAUUUCGUUCUGUUCUACUUUACGGCUGCGAAACGUAGCCACCAAGAGUAGAAGAUACUCUAGUAUUUGACCACAGAUGUCUUAGAAAUAUAGCUCGCAUCUGCUGGGAUCAUCGGGUAAGUAAUAGUGAGGUUAGACGCAAGGUAUUAGAGAAUGAUGGUAAAUCAGUUGAUGAGGUUGUAAAUCUUCAUCAACUGAGAUGGUUGGGCCACUUGUUACGUAUGCCUGAAUACCGAUUACCACGACGCGCAAUGUGUUGGGGAUGGUUGAAAGUUAGGGGUGGCCAAACCAAAACAUGGCAUCAGUUCUCGAAGUCACUAACUACUUAUGUAAGCCAUGUUGAUAGAUGCUGACUACUUGGUUGGAGUUCAUGUGACUAUCGUAACCAAUGGUUGAAGACUCUUGGUGACAUGGCUCAGAAUUGAUCACAGUGACGUCGGUGUAUGCACUCUUUGUCAUCCCUUAAACCGUGAGAUUGAAAUUGCUUUAUAUCUUUUUUUCUACAAACUAAUUCUCUCUUCCUGUACUAUAUCCUUAUACACAGUCCAUUCUUUUAUGCAUUACUACCAUCUGAAACUAGGAAAAGCAGAUGGAUUGGCUCCAGAUGUCUUUAAGUAUGGUGAUCUAAUUUUAGCGAUUAGGUUGACUAAUAUUUUAGGUGAAAUCUAGAAACUGAAUGUAAACCCAUCUGACUGGUUUCAAUCACUGAUUGUCCGAAUAUAUGAGAAGGGGUCAAAGUAAUCUUGUGAUAACCAUAGAGGAAUUAGUUUGAUUAAUAUAGCAUCUAAAAUACUAGCCUCAAUGAUUAUUGGGUACCUGACAAAGACUCGUGAACUGUAAACACGAGAAAAUCAGGCUGGCUUUGGGCCUCGUCAUGACUGCAUCGACUACAUGUUCACCAUUCGUCAGAUUUUAGUAUACAGGCUUGCUUAUCGGCACCAAAUGUGAUAGUUUUUCUUGACUUAGAAGCAGCAUUUAACUCGGUUAACCGAGAGGUUCUGUGGCAUUGAAAGGCGUACUUGAGAAGUACAUAAACCUUGUGAAGGCUCUAUUCGCACAAUACUGGUCGAGUCAGAGCGUAUGGCGAACCGUCAUCUGAAUUUGCAACUUCAAGUGGUGUCUAGCAAGGCUGUUCACCAUCUCUAUUUCUGCUUAAUUUCAUCACAGACCUACUGCUGGAAAUAACAUUCUCGUUGGUCGAACUUUCAGGACUUGACCUCCUACCAGCAAGUUCGCUGUCUUGUUUUCUAAAGACCCUGAUAAAAACAGUGCUCUUGUAUUGUAGCACAUGUCUUUCGUAGCGUUGUAGCUGACUGAAGUAAUGCAUGAAAAACGGCUACGUUAGCAUAGUUGCAAUAGGCCCCCAAAAGCCCUGCUAUGAAUAAGAGUGGAGUGGGCUCGGCCUCCCUCUCGAAAUGCUCUCACACGGCCACGCGUACACAGCCUCUGCCAGGGAAGUCCUACUCACUGCCUUCUCGUGGCAGGGGUGUUGUUUAAGAAAAUGAGUGGACGAAAACCGAAUGUCCGGCGCUUUAACCGGAUCCCAAACCAAUGGUGCACAUGGGCUCCAGUAUCCUGGGGAAACAAAUGGCGUAUGAACCAAUUUAUGGUCACCAGCUUCCAUGGGACUGCAUCUCCUCACGAUGCUCCACUGCCUUGUGGAUCGGAUCUUCAGGUCGAGGGCUCGGGGAGUGGCCCCCUAAGAAAACCACCUGGUUCGGUUUGGGCACCCGGGCAGUAUCACAGCUUUCACACAAGUCAAGUGAGAUUUGUGCGGCGCAUAUGUCUUUGGUGCCUCCUUGUACCAAUAUCUGUGUUAAAAUAAAUAAUAGUUGCAAUAGACGGUCACCAUUAUCUGUUCGCCGACCCGCAACGUCGUAAAAACCACUCCAUUUCUUUCGGUUUUGUUUAGUUCGUUUACCUGAGCACUCAAAUCACCUUCCAUUUGUAUUAAGGUAUCCAACCUUAAGCUAAACGCCCUGUAGUAAUUCAUGCUCAUCACAACCAUGUGGUGUUAACAAAUCAUGAAAUCAUUUUCAAAAGGUUUUCGGGCCAUAGGGUACUAUAAACCAGCUGUACGCAAUACUUGCAGUCAAUAAAUUAGUCAAUCAUGUCUUAUUGCAAUGGGGUUUCUGUGUUGUUUAUUUGAUAGAAAAUUUUAAUCAUUGUAUAUUACUAUAAUUGGAUGUUAUUCGUUCGUUUAGACACCGAAAGAAGUCGGACCAAAUGACCGGAACAAUCACCUUCCUAAGUCGUAUGAAUUGAUGAUGCGAACCGUACAAAACAGAGUAGGUCCGACCCAGAGGCCUCGCAAAAGACUAUACACCAUAUUGCUUUCUCGUCGAGAGAACAAAAUGUCGGAAUCAGUUAGGAUGUCCACUCCCGAAGGGCGGGCGCUCAUUUUUAAGAGACUUAUUGAUGGACAAAAACGUUUGUGGCCGCAUGCUUGGUAGUUUGUUUGCUUCAACUUCUCAGACAUAUUUUUGAAAAUUUGUGUACUUCUAUUUCACUCUAUCUUCAAAUAUAGUGCGUAUCAACGACU